AUGGGAACUUGUUAAUCUUAAAAAAAUACUAACAAUCCAGUCAAAAAAAUAGAUUAAACAGAUCUAAGUUCAUAAUUUGGUUCAAUAAGAGAAUUGAUGCAUUUUUUUGAUUCGAUAAGUUUAGAAAAAUUAAAUUUCCCAGAUCUAUCAGCAUUUUUAUCUAAACAUAUUAACAAAAAUAGAAUAGUAAAGGAAGGUAAAACUUGGGUAGCAAUUAAUGAAGUUAAAACUAUUUUAAACAAUAAAACAGUUAUUUUAAUAAGGAACUUUAAUUAAGAAACUGAUGCAGCCAUCUAAUUAAUUUAUUUACUUAAAUAACUCAUAGAAGUUUCAGUAGAAGCUUAAGAACUAUAAACUAGUUUUAAUGAAAAUGCUGUAGAACUUUUUCAAUAUUAUUAAGCCCAACUUGUUUAAGUAAUUUAUAUUGGAACUUCCUUAGGUCUCAAUUGAAGUGUUAUUAGCAGUUAAUACAUUAAUAAGAAAAUAAGAAUAAUGGUGGAAGGAUAAUUAUUUCAAUUGGCGUAGCAUUUAUAUUUAAUCUAUGUUUAAAAUUAUAUAACCAAAAGUUGAAAAGAUAGAUCUAAUUUAGCCAUUUUAUGAAUUUAUUGUUUUAUUAAAAUUAUGCGCCAAACAAAUUUGUAAUCAAUAAAAAUCAUCAGAUCUAAUUGAAAUAGAUAUUAAAGCUCAUUAAGAAGUCUUAGAAUAAUUUUACAAUUAGAUGAGAACCGGUUUUUUAUAAAAUUAAUCAACAUAAAUUGACAGUAUUAAUUUGGAGCGGUAAAUAGCUUCAAAAUCAUUAGAAUAAAAACUAUAAGUUUAUAAUCUCUAUAUAAAAAAGAAAACCUAUACUUCUUGA